UACAGGAUGUGCUUGACUCGAUACCGGAAACGAAGGUUGACUGUGAAGGAGCGGUAAAGAGGAAGAAGAGGAACUUGCUAGCUGGCUAACUACCUUAGCAUUUUUCUGGUUUUAGCGUCUUGAUAAUGGCGCCUUUAGACCUGGAUAAGUACGUUGAAAUAGCAAGACACUGCAAAUAUCUGCCGGAAAAUGAUCUAAAGAGAUUAUGUGAUUAUGUUUGUGAUUUACUGCUGGAAGAAUCCAAUGUUCAGCCAGUCUCUACUCCAGUUACUGUUUGUGGAGAUAUCCAUGGUCAGUUUUAUGAUCUUUGCGAGCUCUUCAGAACUGGAGGCCAAGUUCCAGACACAAAUUACAUUUUCAUGGGAGAUUUUGUAGACCGAGGAUAUUAUAGCUUGGAGACAUUUACACAUCUGCUAGCUUUAAAAGCGAAGUGGCCGGAUCGUAUCACGCUCCUACGAGGAAACCACGAGAGCAGGCAAAUAACACAAGUGUACGGCUUUUACGACGAGUGCCAAACAAAAUAUGGAAACGCAAAUGCCUGGCGGUAUUGCACAAAAGUGUUUGACAUGCUAACUGUGGCAGCUUUGAUAGAUGAGCAGGUCCUGUGUGUUCACGGUGGUCUUUCACCCGACAUCAAGACUUUGGACCAAAUCCGCACUAUCGAACGCAACCAAGAGAUUCCCCACAAGGGGGCCUUCUGUGAUCUGGUGUGGUCAGAUCCAGAGGACGUGGACACCUGGGCUAUCAGUCCUCGAGGUGCAGGCUGGCUGUUUGGCUCCAAGGUUACCAAUGAGUUUGUUCACAUCAACAACCUAAAGCUCAUCUGCCGUGCACAUCAGCUGGUUCACGAAGGCUACAAGUUCAUGUUUGACGAGAAGCUGGUGACCGUGUGGUCAGCGCCCAACUACUGCUACCGCUGCGGGAACAUCGCGUCCAUCAUGGUCUUCAAGGACGUGAACAGACGAGAGCCCAAGCUGUUCCGCGCCGUCCCCGACUCCGAGCGCGUCAUACCUCCCCGAACAACCACUCCCUACUUCCUCUAAUGACAAGAGCCAGCUCUCUCUCUCUUUCCUCUCCACCUUGUCAAACUUAUUUAUAUGCAACAUAUUUUGAGAAAGUCACAAGAGUAACAUCCCUUUCAGGUCUACAGUAUCUUGAAUAGGGUUUCUUCCAAAGCUACUGUAUGUUUGCACCACACUCACUUUGUUCUGUCAUAACAAAAAGAAAUCCUCCUCUACCCUCGAUGAGAAAAUUAUAGUUAUUUCUUCAUGAAUUUCUUCAUAUUUUAAAUAAGGAAAAUGUUAAAUUUUGAUGUCAGGCAUUACUGAAGCACAUUAAACAUUUAAACUGGGUGCUGACUGCCAAUAAUACAUGUUCAAAUAAAGUGAUAUAUCAUUUUUUUCCUUUAAGUAUCAGUAUACCAGUUUGGUCUUGUUGCCUUUUGAGAGACUAGUUUGCUUCUUCUCAGUGUGAAAAUAAACUUGUUGAAUUAGGAAGUAAAUUGAGCUGUAAGUUACACCUCAGACCCAUUGUAUAAAGACUGUUAGCUGCUGAGCCCACCAUACAGUGUCCUGUCUUAAAUGCUGGUUUCAUUUCAA